AUGACGGUGAUCGAUGGUUCGUCGGUUCGCUCCAGGACGGGCGCCAUUCUCGCUCCAGCUGCGAUGCUCACACCGAUGGAGGAGGUCCAGAUCCAAUUAAUGGCACCCGACUCUCCGGCCGUCAUGUCGAGUGCCGAGCCAGUCCCACAACAUCAACCGUUUGCCGUCUCCGAGUCGCCGGAACAGACUGCCGACGAUGGUCCGCUGACCGCGAAGCCACCGAUCACACCCGAGGUCGAUCAUAUAACGGAAGAGAGACGAAGAUCUAGGUCUCUACCACUACCACGACGAACCGAUCUGACAAGGCCAAGAACCCCACCCCCAUCCGGAUCGACAAAGGAUGCCUCGCCGUCCGUUCCGGCCGCAGCGAUGACCACUCCACCACCCGGCCCGAGGCCCGUUCCGACAAAAUCGACCUCUCAACUCUCCAGCAUCAAGGAGCAUCGCCACGGUUUGCUUGGAAAGUUCAAGAGUCUCGUUAAAAAGAGCCGAAGGCUCGAUACCGUGGAUGUCGUCGCACAGGGUCCGCUUUCAGUGCGAGACCGCGAGGCGAACCGACGAUCGUCAGUACCCGUUCAAACAAGCCACUUCCCUCAUCCUUCUUCGGCCAAGUCGAACCAUGAACACGUGCAAAAAAUCGAGACGAACGAAAGUGGACCGGAUGUACUCACCCGGCGAUCACUCAAAGUUCGGAUCGUUACCUUCAACAUGCAUGAUUCGCUGCCUUCGAGCAACGGCGACUUGAAGGAUUUUCUGGGAGUGGACGCCGCCAGUCCACGAGUCCGACCGCCGUCAUUUGGGUCGCAUCGGUUACCGGGUUCCUCGCCCGGAGCGAUUCUGGAUAAAAGGAUGUCCAAGUCGAGUAGUCGAGUGAUCGUCUCCCCUGCGGCUGGCUCGAUGAUGGAAGUUCCCGCAGCCGAACACAUCCCUGUCCUGAAGCUUACGCCAGAGCAACCAUACCACGUCAUCGUCGUCUGUGGGCAAGAGUGUCCGACAGCGGCGAGAGUGCGGGCUCCGGAAGCCAAGCGAUGGACAUCGGUGUUGGAAGAGUGGUUGUGUGGACGACCCGCACUCGGAAACGGCGACGACAAGGAGUCGCAUCCGCACACCUACGCAAGUUCCCAUCCCCAUUCGAAUUCGGUUUCGCUCUCCCACGAUGAUGCUGUAUCGCCGCCUCUGCACCCCGAUGAACCAAAAAUACGCUCCGCACCUGCUGCUUCCACCGCCACGAACGAAGAGCACGCCGCGGAAGCCCAUGAGCACGUCUCCCCUACCCAUAUGAUGCAAAAGUUCAAGAUGGGCCGUGGCCCUUAUGUGCUCGUCGAAAAGGAACGGCUACUUGGUAUAUACUGCGCCGUGUUCGUCGCUCGAUCAUGCGACGAGCUCGUGAAAGGAACUUCACGGGGUCGAGUAACGGCGGGAUUGAUGGGUGGUCGUUUGGGCAACAAAGGGGGUGUCGGCGUCAGUCUUUGGUUGGGAUCGUCGAAGCUGCUCUUCAUCAGCGCUCAUUUGGCCGCCCAUGCGAGUGGUAACAUGUUGAGAAAGGCGAAUGCGCAGAAAAUCUUGGACGAGUUGGUGAUUGAUGAUUUCGCGGGUGGGGGAGCGAAAGCGGGAGAUCUGAUGACUCGGUUCGAUCAGGUUUUCUUCAUGGGUGAUCUCAAGUUAGUCGCCGUACUUUCAAUAAAAGGCCCGUGGUAUGUCUACUCUGGCACUGAUAUACUCCUACACCCAGCUUUCGACUCAAUGUAUCGCGCCUUCACGCAGAUUGGAUCGUCCGAAGCAAGGAUUAUGUCACGGCCUUGCAAUUCGAUCAAUUGCGGGACGUUCUUGCCGAAGAGAAUGGGGUGUUUAAAGGGUUCAAGGAGGGCGAUAUCACUUUUGCUCCGACUUGUGAGUUUUGGUCAGCUCUAGAUUACACCGUGUUCUGGAGCAUGUCUAAUCGUGGGGAUACGCUCGCGACACUCCUCGGGCAGACAAAUACGACGUACCCAAGAUCCGACGGAGGGGAAGUCUGGCCGUAUUGCGCAGUCCCAAAGCGAAUAACAACGUGCCGCCGCGCAAACCCCGAGAAUGGACGGCCCUCGAGCUCGCGGAUGAAGAUACAGGAGCCAUCAGCGAUCCCGAAGUACUACAGGCAACACGGGAGAAGAACGACAUUACGGGCGGUGGAGACGAGCUUCGCUCUCUGAGGUCGUCGAAAGGAUCCGUCAACUCGGCGAUGAGCAACGAUGAAAAGCACGACCGCGAGGAGCUCAGCGCGGUAGGGCUGCCGAGCGCACCGAGCAAAGGCAACGAUACGGCUAUGGAGCACAUGCGCAAGUCCCAGAUCAAACUCCUGGCCCGUGGGCGAAGUGAGAGUGCUGGGCCGGUCAUGGUCACGGAAAGGAAGGGCAGCGCACUACUCGAAGCGUUCAACGCCUCGCCGCCCAAGUCGAAACGCAAGUUGACGAUCGGGGCGCUGACAGGUGCUCCUUUUGCGGCGCGACCGAUCCUGCGCUCGGUUCAGUCCGAUUUGACGAUCCCUUUGUCUCGAUCGCCGGGUCAAACUGGUACGGCGACGCCCGCCGAGUCGUCGACCGUCAGUGACAGCGAGGAUGAAGGCGAGACAUCGCAGCAUGGCUCGCCGGAGCCCGUGUAUGACUCGAGCUCCAAGCAGAGGGUGCAGAGUUACACGGGUGCGUCCCUUCUCGUCCGGCUAUCCCCUUCGAGGUACUGCAUGCUGAAUUCAUUGCCUCAAACAGAUCGCAUUCUCUUUCACACGUCCGUGGUCGAUGAUGAGCCGCCAACUCCAGCGCCAGAACCCGCUCAGUCCGACGUCAAACCACGAGAAGGAAAGUUCGUUGGCCAUUUCAAGGAUAUGGUCGUAGGCCCGCGGUCCCAAUCCCGAUCCCAGCACGACAUUGCCACCCCAGCGCGACGAAGUGGCCCCGGCGCCAGCUUCUUCGAAAUGCCAUCGACGCAAGACUCUAAGGAUAAGCUCAACGAGUGGAAGUCGAACACGAAGGACUAUUGGAACAAAGUGAGGACCCAAGACGAGCACGCGCCGUACAACCCCUUAUCGGAUUGGUUCAUGCGUCGACGCGAGUCAAGCGUCGGGACGGCGGUCGCCGAAGCUUGUCCGCAAGACGAGAGAGCACUGAAGAAGCACACGACUGUCAGUGGAGCAUCACCUCCGCUCGUGGUUGUCCAUGCGAACAAUCCACCGAAGCGUGUUCAAACACGGGACGCUCGUCCCGAGAGUUCUGCCGCGGAGGCCGAGACUACACGUCCAGCAUCGCAUACAAGUGCUUCUGCGCCUGCUGCGACAGGAAAUUCGGGAGGAUUGGGGCCGAGCUUGAAGAUCCCAAGUUUGAAGCUCGAGAUACCGGCAGGAGGAUUUCACCAUCCGAACCAUCCGGCUUCGGUCGCAAGUCGACCUUCGGCGCUGUUCUCACCCGUGCCGGCUUUUGCUACGUUCAACCCUUUCCGACCUCGCCCCUCACCACACAGCUCUUCGGGGGGCUCUCGCAACAGUGCUUCAGACUUCUUUUCGGGUAUCAGCAGUCGUCAUGCGGGACGGUUCGGCUCACCGCUGACAACGCCUUCGGUCGACAGUCCGGGAGGUGAUAAGGACCACCCUCAUCGCCACCACCUCCUUUCGAGCAGAUCGGCGAGCACCCCGGUGGGUACGACCCCGACCCCGACGACGUACAAGCGCUUCAAGUCCUUUUUCCAGAUGUCGUCCUUCUUCCACCCUCUGACCCCGUCGAUGGAUGUCUACGUCGAACCUCCGUUGCCGCCACCACCACCUCCCAAGAUCGUCGGACCGCGCAAAGGACAGAUCCAAGUGCUCGAAUAUGGAGCGGUCACAGAUCUGAACAAAAUGGGGGCUUUUUCGGAUCAUAGACCGGUGUAUCUCGUUGCUGCGAUCGGGUUGGGUGGGGAACCGGUCGCGGUGUCGGAUUUGAAUGGGACGGUCGAGACGAAUUAG